AUGUCUCCAUCAUCUUCAUCUCUCGAAACAAACCAAACUACCCCUCCCGCACGCUCGGUCCCACUUUUACCGUCCACACCUCCUCAACUCUCUUCGGGCGGAUCGACCCCUCUCGCAUCCCCGUCCGCUUCGCUCUCCAUGUCGAAACGUCGUCGCGCACCCGAAUGGCCCUCGCCACGUAGUCACCACUCUCACCCCUCAUCUCACUCCCACACCGCAAUGGACGCGCCCCAGUCCGCCUUCUCGAAAGAUCUGGCGCAGACACUCCGCACACCCGCCGUCCUCCGCGUCCCUCCUACACCGGACUACUCCCCCGCAUUCUAUCGCUCGGGCUUUGCAUGGCAACCACCUGCACCCGAACCCACCCCAUCCCUACUCGGACCGGGUCGCGCCCCCAGCCGAGGACCCCUCGAUCGGCGUCACUCGCCAUACAGCUCCGCACCAAGCGCGUCCACACCACGGUUGGCAGAUGCGCCGCAACUCCCUUCGGAUGAAACCCCUAUGAAUGCAUCGGCAGCGGCGGCCGCAAAGAAGGAGAGAGUGAAUCUUAUGGGUAUACCGAAGGGAUGGGUGAUUGAGCAGCUCAACAAGCGGGCAGCGCAGUACUGGCAUGAUCCGUCGAGCUCGGAUAUUCGUGUCUUGGUUCCUGUACCCCGCUCGCGCAUCCCUCACAUGCCAGGCAGCUCCGGUACCCACGCCACCACUCCUCUUCCUACCGCACAGGACUCGGCCCAAUCAUUCCACUCAAAUCAGCCCUCGCACGCCGUAUGGCCCGCUACGCCGCCUCUAGCCAAUCUGGCCCCUGUAGGCAAGACCGACUCGGACCAAGGGCUGCUGGGUCAUGUGCAGCCUGGAAUGUCGAGCCAAGGUGCAGUUGCUAGCAGCAGGAGAGCAAGUAUGCCCGCCCAGGACGAUGUCGUCGCAUUGGUCUUCCCCCUGCAUCAAGACUACCUCAUCACUCAAUCUUCGCUCUUCCGCACUCUGUUCGCCCCUGCCCCCGGCAACCCCGACGCCCCCUCCAGUUCGCGUAGUAUUAAAGGCGCCCGACGACUUCCUACAGCCCCAACCGCGCCUCCGGCCGUCCUUCUCCCUCUUCCCGACCCGACGUCCUUCUCUGUCCUCGUCCACUGGCUCUACUGGGGCGACAUCACCGCGCUCGAGUCGGCACUCAGCAAAGGGCUCGUCGAGUGGCAGGGCGUCGUCAAGAAUGUGCAUUAUCUGGGCAUGGAUGAUAAUGUCAAGAGGGUGCUGGGCAAGUGGUGGCGCCGGUGGAUCAAGACGGAUGAGGGAAGGCAGCGGAGUGGGAUGGCAGGGGGUCAGAGCGCAAAAGAGAGGUGGCCGCUGUCGGAUACGGAGGAUGAAGAGGGGUUGAGCGAUGAUGAUGAUGAUGACGAUGAUGAGGAUUUGAGAGACGAGGGAACGAGGCAGGGCGAGAUGGAGGUAGAAGGGGGAGCGGCAGGGCCGGCGAGACAUAGAGGAGGAGCGAGUAGCAGAGAUGUGGACGAUCAUGGCGUGUCGGGAUUGUUGAAAGCUUUGUAG